AUGUUCAUUGGAGACGUCUUCUUCCAAGCGGCCUCUGCUGCGCUCUUUGCCCGCACUGUCUUGGGCUUCUCCAAUCUGCAUCACAUUGCAAGACACGUCCACGCCAACGGUGGAGAGAAUCUGGAAAAGCGACUGUUGGGCUUACCGAUUGUGGGAGACUUGCCCAUCGUGGGAGAUGUUCUCAAUUCGAACAGCGGACCUUUAGAUUUGACUGGAGACCAUGAAUGGAGAGCGCCAGAAGAAGGCGACCAGAGAGGUCCAUGCCCUGGACUCAAUGCCCUCGCCAACCAUGGAUAUAUUUCUCGAAAUGGCAUCGCCACCCUCCUCGGAGUAGUACCUACUCUCAACCAAGUCUUUGGCGUGAGCGUCGAAUUGGGUCUGAUUUUGGCCGUCAUGGGUACCGUCUGGACCGGAAAUCCUCUUUCUCUGAGUCCAUCAUUUUCCAUUGGCGGCAAUGAUACAGAUGUGCAAAAUCUUUUGGGAAAUGUCUUGGGAUUAUUAGGCGAACCCCGAGGAAUCAGCCAUUCCCACAAUUUCAUCGAAGCCGACUCUUCACCCACGCGAGACGAUUUAUACGUCACCGAAGAUCCCGUCACCAUGAACUUGGCCAAUUUCGAAACCCUCUACGAUAUGAUUCCGGAAGCAUCAGGCGAAUUCUUCACAUUGGAUACUCUGAUUGAUUUUGCAGCGAUUCGAUUCAACGAUUCGAUUUCGACGAAUCCGUAUUUUUACUAUGGUCCUGUCAGUGGAACGAUUGCUCGCAAUACGGGGUUUUGCUUCGUGGCGAAUUUGAUGGCGAAUUAUUCGUCGGGAAAACCGGAGUUGACCCACGACAUCCUCAAAACCUUCUACUCCGUAACCGGCGAGCGCGGCAACUUCAUCUACACCAAAGGCCACGAACGCAUCCCCUCCAACUGGGCCAAAACCCCCAUCGACUACGGCCUCGUCCAACUCAAUCUAGACAUAGUCCAAUUCAUCCUCAAAUACCCCAUGUUCGCCAACAUUGGCGGAAACCUCGGCCAAGUAAAUACCUUCACGGGCGUGAAUCUCCUCGACCCCGCCAGCGGCGUAUUAGGCGUGACGAAUGUGCUCGAAGGUGGAAAUCUGAUGUGUUUUGUGUUGGAGAUUAUCAAUUUUGCUGCGCCGAAUUAUUUGAAUAAUAUUUUCGAGUCGGUGCUCGAGCCGUUGAAGAUGUUGACGGAUGCGUUGACGGCGCCUUUGCUUAGUUUGGCUUGUCCGCAGUUGGAGGAGAUUACGAGGGAUGGGGUGCCGUUGUGGGAGGCGUUGGGGAAGGAGUUUCCUGGGGCGAAUAGGAGUGGUAUUCCUUUGUGAUGAUGAGGAGGUGGUGGAGGAGGUGGUGGAGGAGGUUUAAUGGUGGUGGUGGAGACAGGGUUGGAAAUGCACUGAUGUCGACAGUCUCGACGCUGUGUUACCAAAAGUACCAACCAACCAUCCUAAUGUCGGGUUCAACCUGGGAUAUGUUCGCGAUUUGCAUCCACUCCAGUAUCGAUUUCACGAGUACCUAGGAGGUAUGUGAUCCGAAGAGCCGAGAGUGCUGCUACAUAUUGAAAGUGUCGAAUAAAAAGACCACACUCCUGAAACGCCAACACUGCUGAGAAUCUCCUUCUGGUUGGUUGGGAGUGGUGAGGUCGUGGAUCGAUUGUAGCUGCGAACAUCUAGGCAAUUGUGCCAACAAAGAGAGAUCUCUGUGCACGCGCUCCUCGUUUGACUUGACAGAAACUGGUCUCAUCCUUCACCCGGCGGCCGUGCAAGGCUGCGCGCUCUUGACAGACAGCAAGGG